GAACAAUACAGCCGUCUCAAUGUUAAAUGGGAUUGUGCUGUUGCACGCCAAAACCGACAAAGGAAAAACGAGAAAUCAAAAUCGGUUGCUUUGGUGUCGACGGUGCAGGAAAGACUACUAUAUUGAAGAUGAUCAAAGGCGAAGAUCCGCGAAAUGUUCUACCGACCAAUGGUUUCUCAAUGAUCGACAUGGAUUUUGACAACGACUUCACUAUCAAAGUCUACGAUCUUGGCGGACACGAACGAAUACGGGAUAUCUGGCCGAAUUAUUUCGCCGAGGUACACGGUAUCAUGUACGUGGUCGACAUUUCCGACGAAGAACGCCUCGACGAAAAUUAUGAAAUGAUACAUAAGGUCCAACUACACAAAGACACAGCCAAAAAACCUUUAUUAGUGGUGCUUAACAAGAAAAAGCCAACAGAACUUGAUGACUUCGAUUUUUCAAUGAAUGCAGACCUAAAUGCUAUAGGUUCGCAACAGAAUCAAGUAAUAUUCGUUACACAUGUGAAUAUCUACAGAGGAGAGCUCAACAAUAUCAAACGUCCACCACCUCUGGUAUCAAAGCGUCCACAUCGUGCAUCAAAUCCAUUAUUAGCACAGUUUUGCACAUUUGUUGAUAAGAUUAUCGAGCACUAUGUCUUUCUUUCCGAAGGGGUUCAUGCUGCCGAGUUAGCCCUAAAAAUUCGUCAACAAGCAGAGCGCGAUGAACGACGAUUACGACUGAUGCAGCAAGAACAUGAGAAGAGAAACAGUGAAAUUGCUGGUCUACAACAAUACCCACCUGCCUCUGGUAACGGAGAUGUCCAGCAUGAACAACCUUCUACGCCUGUCGAAGGGGAGCGUGUAUCCGCGCACUCAGAUAGAGCGUCAAAUCACGCUCAGCCAGAUUCUAAGCCUGCGUCACCAGGCUCAGCUCAACCAUCUGCCACUGAUACACAAUCGCCAACCGAAACCUCACCACGUCCAGCGACGUCCCACGACUCUCCCAUGAGCGGCGAUGCGGUACUCACAAGACCAUUACCGGUUCCACCUCCCAAGCCAGCUCGAAACAGAGUGGUUCCAGUAGAUGACGGUUCGACACCGCGAUCAGCUCCAAAAGAUCAAAAUAUAUUUACCAUUGAGCGUUCAAACGAAUUGAACACUACUGGGAACUCUUCUGGUCGAGAAAAACACCUCAAUCGCAUGCGUCGAAUACAAAGCGGAUUACAAAGGAAGAAACCCGAUGUGAUUCAACUACAACCACUAGAUUUGUGAUUUCAAAAAUUCAGUCAAAAUCCUUAUGCGG